AUGGCAGCCGUCGACGACACCAUUCCCAUCACCAGCAAGGCUCUCGUCGCCCGUGGGCCCUUCUCUCAGGGCAAAUGGUCCAUCGAGGACGUAACACUCCGCGCGCUCAAGCCAGACGAGGUCGUUGUCGAGAUCGUCGCCUCAGGCAUCUGCCAUACCGACCUGCACUGCGGCAACACGCCAGAUGACCAGGGCGUGCCCGCCGUCUAUUACCCGCGUGUCCUGGGACAUGAAGGCUCCGGCUACGUGCGCCGCGUGGGCAGUGCCGUGACGGGCGUUGCGCCGGGCGACCCCGUCCUCCUCUCGUUCUCUUACUGCGGCUCGUGCCACGUCUGCCGCACCGGCCCGCCGUCGCACUGCAAGACCUUCUUCGACAUAAAUUUCAUGGGCGAGCCCGUCUUCUCCCAGCCCAAUGAAGGAGGAAAGCCGACCAUCGGCGGUCGCUUCUUCGGCCAGUCCAGCUUUGCCAAACACACCAUUGUCAGCGACAAGUGCAUUGUCAACGUUGCAGGGCUAGGCCUUGACCGCGACGACCUGAAGCUGCUGGCGCCGUUGGGAUGCGGUCUGCAGACGGGCAGCGGCACCGUCGUGAAUGUCCUCAAAGCCGGCGUGGAGGAUGAGAUUGCCGUGGUGGGCAUGGGCGGUGUGGGUUUGGCGGCCGUCAUGGCGGCGAAGAAUCAAGGCUGCAAGUCCAUCAUCGGCAUCGACCGCGUGCAAUCGCGCCUGGACCUAGCCAAAUCCCUCGGCGCUACUCACGUCAUCAACACCAGCACACUGCCGGCAUCUUCCUCGGAUGAUGAACUGGUCGCCGCUGUCCUCGCCGCAACUACCGACAACCUCGGCGCCACCGUCUCCAUCGACACUAGCGCGCACCCGCCGCUCGUCGCGGCCCAAAUCGCCUUCACGCGCUACAUGGGCCGCGUCGUGCAGGUCGGCACCGGCAUGCCCGACGCACACCUGUCGCUCCACAUGCAGAGCUUCAUGGUCAGCGGCAAGCAGUACUUCGGCGCCGUGCAGGGCCACAGCCGCCCACGCGACUACAUCCCCCGCAUGAUCGCCUGGUGGCGGGAUGGCGUUUUUCCGGUGGAGAAGCUGGUGCAGUUCUUUGAUGUUGCUGAUUUCAAGAGUGCUGUCGAUGUCAUGGGGAAUGGGAGCGUGGUGAAGCCUAUUAUCGUGUGGUGA